AUGGAGAACGAUACACGGACCCCACAAUACUCCACUGGAGACAAAACCUCGUUCGCAUACGUCUCGGCAAGAGAUCGCUGGCCUGUUAUCCUCACUGGGGCAAUCGAUGAUGUACACAGAGCGGUCUCGGAGGCAGAAGGCGAGGAAAAGCGAGCAGAAGGAAAGAAAAUCAUCGAGCAACUAGCUACGCUCAAAUACGAGUUACAGCACGAUAGGAAACUUUCACCUCUUCCAGAUGAUGGCGGCCGAGAUAUCCCCGGCUACAAUCAGGAAUUAACUCAGUUGAGUACGCCUUCGUGGUUCAACCUCCCUUGGCUCUACUCCGAAUGUUAUCUUUACCGACGAAUGGCAACAUCGUUCUCCCUCUCUAAACAUUGGAAAUACUACGACGUAUUUUCCCGACAGAAAAUGUCCACCUUCAAGUCAUCCCGUCCUGCCGUCCUCGAACUCGCCAGCCGAUAUCAUGAACUUAUCACACAGAUGUCUCACAAGGCAGAAAAGCCAGAACAGGAUAUUGAAGAAGCGGAAAAGAUGCUGUUCAUGGAGAUGUGCGAGAUCUGCCUUUGGGGAAAUGCUACUGAUCUCUCGCUCCUUACUACCUUGACAUACGAGGAUAUCCAAAAGUUACAAGGCUCGGAAGCACGAAAAGCGUCAGAAAAGAACAUAAUCAUUAAUGAUUUAGGCGCCGCGUAUGAGCUUCUAAAAAAAGCUAAGAAAGAAGGGAAGAAAGAGAGAAGAGUUGAUAUUGUGCUCGACAAUGCUGGAUUCGAACUCUAUGUCGACCUUAUCCUCGCUGGGUUCCUGCUCUCCGCUGGACUCGCCACGAGUGUUGUCCUCCAUCCGAAAUCAAUCCCUUGGUUCGUAUCAGAUGUUGUCCCCGGAGACUUCGCUGCCCUCUUGAAUGCAUUAGCCAACCCACAACCAUUCUAUACUACAUCAUCAGACGACGAUAAGAAUGCCGGCAAAACUCCAGCUCCUCUGUCGCAAAAGGAGGUUGAUGAGCUCUUCUUCUUGUUUCAAGAUUGGAGUAAGUUCCAUGCUGAAGGCCAGCUAAUACUGCGCCCGAAUCGAUUCUGGACAGAAGGUGGUAGCUAUUGGCGAUUACCGACCUCAGAUCCUACUCUGUACGAAGAUUUGAAGGAGAGCGAGCUUGUUAUUUUCAAGGGGGAUUUGAAUUAUCGAAAAUUGACCGCUGAUGCAAUGUGGGACCCGACAACCCCAUUCACUCAAGCCAUUGGCCCGAUGGGUCCUGGAUCCGGCGUCAAUGUUCUUGCAUUGCGGACUUGCAAAGCGGAUGUAGUCGUAGGGCUCAAGGCCGGUGAGGAUGAGAAAUUGAGGGCGAUGGAAGGCGGCGGUGGGGAUAGUGGUGCAAGAAAGUGGGCGUGGAGUGGGAAAUGGGCUGUUGUUUCUUUCUCUGGUGGAUCCUGA